GCUGACAUGGAUGAGAGAAAGAAGACAGUCCAGAAAACUGAUCUUGCUUAUCGUAUUCAUCGCUCUUUUGUUGGAUAAUAUGCUCUUGACGGUGGUCGUGCCCAUUAUCCCCAGCUACCUUUACACAAUGGACGAUGAGGCACCUAUCGAGGACAGGAGUACCCCUACCACUAUGCCCUUUCCCCCUUCUAGCACAUUCCAGACCAUCGUGUCCCUGUAUGACAACUCUACAUAUGAGACCACUGGGGUCAGCCUGCUUUCCACUCUACAACCACCGGCACUGUCCACAUCCAUCGCCCCGACCAACGCCACCGGAUCAGACUGCCCCAAAGGAGACAAACAGCUCCUCGAUGAAAACGUGAAGGUCGGACUCCUCUUCGCCUCCAAAGCCACCGUGCAGCUCCUCACCAACCCUUUCAUCGGGCCCCUCACAAACAGAAUCGGUUACCAGAUCCCCAUGUUCGCUGGCUUCUGCAUCAUGUUUCUUUCCACCAUCAUGUUUGCAUUCUCAAAGAGCUACACUCUGCUGUUUCUGGCCAGAUCCAUGCAGGGAGUUGGGUCCUCAUGCUCCUCAGUGGCUGGAAUGGGAAUGCUGGCGAGUGUGUAUACUGAUGACGAGGAGAGGGGCAAUGCCAUAGGUGUAGCUCUUGGAGGAUUGGCCAUGGGGGUACUGGUGGGCCCUCCGUUUGGGAGCGUGAUGUACGAGUUUGUCGGGAAGACCGCUCCUUUCCUCAUCCUGGCUGUGCUAGCCGUGCUGGACGGAGCGUUACAGCUGUUUGUCCUGCAGCCCUCAAAGGUGGAGCCAGAGAGUCAGCAAGGCACUCCACUCCUCACACUCAUGAAGGACCCCUACAUUCUGAUCGCUGCAGGUUCCAUUUGUUUUGCUAAUAUGGCCAUUGCCAUGUUGGAGCCGGCUCUGCCUAUUUGGAUGAUGGAGACCAUGUGCCCAAGGAAAUGGCAACUCGGUGUCGCGUUCAUCCCUGCCAGUAUCUCGUACCUCAUAGGCACUCACAUCUUUGGUGUUAUGGCACACAAAAUGGGCAGAUGGCUCUGCGCUCUUAUUGGGAUGCUUCUAGUUGGGAUCAGUAUUCUUUGUGUGCCUUUGGCCAAAGACAUCUAUGGACUAAUUCUUCCAAACUUCGGAGUGGGAUUUGCCAUCGGGAUGGUGGACUCCUCUAUGAUGCCCAUCAUGGGGUACCUGGUAGACCUGCGCCAUGUCUCUGUUUAUGGGAGUGUGUAUGCCAUCGCUGAUGUGGCGUUCUGCAUGGGGUUUGCAUUAGGCCCCUCGGCUGGUGGAGCCAUCGCUCGGAGCAUCGGUUUCCCUGCUCUCAUGGUCAUAAUUGGGGUCAUCGACAUUCUUUUCGCCCCGCUCUGUUUCUUCCUCAGAAGUCCCCCUGCCAGAGAGGAAAAAAUGAACUUAAAGAAGAGUGAGGACUGAAAGUGCUGAAAAAGUCUCUAAAAAGCCAUUCUCAUGGACUCCAAUUGCUCGAUGAAGACACGCUCAUAUUCUAUGCAGGGCACAAGCUAUCAGAUGGGUGACGACUUCGAAACUGAGAGUGAUGAGUAGCCAGUCUUUGUCCAGCAUGCACAUGAUGACCUUCAAGAGUAUCUAUUUUGUUGUAUAAAAACUGAGAAAAAAAAGGAAGCCAAACAAAAUCACAAAGUUAAAAAUCUACGGGAAUGGGAAUGCCUGCGGGCUGUCACUGUCACUGUCACACAAAAGGGAAACAAGCAAAAGGCUUUCUUGUUCUUGCCCCAAACGGCUUACAAAAGAGCAAUUUGCAGGAAUCGCUGCUGUAGCCAACAGCCUUACCAAAACAGAAUGGAGGAUGAGGUGAAACAGGGUCUGAGUUUAAACAGGGUUUCCCUUAUAGGACGUUAAUGGUCAAUCAUUGACCCUGUGGAGGUCAUUAAAGGUCAAAAUAUGAUGGGCUCAUUCCAGUGACAGUAUUGACAGCUACUGAGUCUGAUUUGUAAGCCAAGGCACUUUAAUGCAGCUUGGGCUGGUGAGCUUCUUCUAUGAAAGCUGUCAAUUCAUGCAUUUAUAUGUGUUGGUUCGUAAUUGUUUUUUAAAUUACUUAUCUUCAAAAGUUUUUUGUAUGUUUUAUUCCCCAUUUAGGCUACAAUAGACAAUAGGUGUGUUUAUAAAUCUUCCUGAAGUCUGGCUUUUUUUUCAAAGAUUAGGUACAUAAUCCGUAUGAAAUUUCAAAGAUGAGAUUGUGGUGACUAUUCCAGAUGUUUACAUUUAGGCAUUUGCAGAUGUUUUAUCUGUUAGCGAUGGACAAUGGAGAUGAAGAAAUUAAUUAUCUUUUCAGUACCAGUAUAUCAGCCAAUUCAUAUAUGGAAAACAUUUCAAGAGUUAUGUAGUCAUGGAUGGAUUAUGAAACAGCCUUGGGUAUAACUAUUUGUAAGGGCUGCUUACUAAAUUAAGCCAUAGAGAGCAGUUGUUUCCCUUCAUAGUAGUCUAUGUGUAUUAUUUUUAAAACAGCACAAUCCCAAUCCAUGACAUGAGUUCAGAUCCUGACCUUCAUUGAUAAAAUGAAGUGGAUGAGUUUUAAGAAACUUGAGCAUUUUUUGACCAUUACACAUAGACUCAAACUUAAUUUCUUGUACAUAGAGACGGUAUAUUUUGGUAAAUUGUUUUACAUGUAUGGGGGAAGUGACAAAUGAGUCUGUUUAAAGCCAUAGAAUCAUGGCAUUUCUUUCUGUCUUAACUAAUUGUAGUGUCUGCAGUCUUGUAGCUGUGUUAAUCACUGUCCAAAUAUACAAUAUAAGAUAAACAACCACGCUACGUACAGUUGAGAAAGUAUACACCUGUAUGAUUGGAAUGCUAUUACAAAUGUAAUAAUGUAAAAUAUUGAUUCAAAUUUAGUGACAAAUUGACACAAACUUUCCUUCAUCCUUCCUUCAUAAGACAUAAGAUAAAUCACAUCAUAACCAUGUUGUGAAAAAUGAUAUCUGGUCAGCAGCAAUUAGCAGUGUGUGCUGAUUCAAUACAGUAUGUCAUGUUAUCAGUACCAGUGAUGGGACCAAACAUGUCUUACAGUAGAUUAAAUGAUGUUCAAGGAAGCCAUUGUCAUGUAUUGGAUACAGAACUCAGUUAGUUCUAUAAAUACAUGAAACAGGAAACUCUAUUUAGAAGGGAAGUUUGUGUCAGUAAAUAUUUUUGCUCAUUUUGUCCUCAACAUAUAGGCUAUACAACUCCCUUUGUUAUGAACUUAACACAUUUGCUCUAGAUAUUCAUUAUUAAAGGUGCUCUAAGCAAUGUUAUAUGGUCUCUAAGCUAAAACAUUUUUUUUUUGUCACAUACAGCAAACAUCACCUCACCAUCCGCUAGUUGCCUGUGCCCUGAAUAUAGCCUACUGUAAAAAAGCGAGCUACUGUAGCGAGCUACUGACAUUACCCAACAUCGCUUAGAGCACCUUUAACUGCCAUGAUGAUGGCAUUACAGAAUCAACUAUAGGGGUUGAACAAGAUACAUUUAAUGUGCCAAACUACCUUAACAUUUUGUGAAAAUGUUCUUGCCCUCUCUCGAAUCGGUGAAGGUACCAGUGAUAGACUAUUCUGUGACUAUUGAUAAAUGAAAAACAUUCCCACAUCACGUGAAUGUGUGGACACAGGUUGUAAACUUGAUAUGUUAUCUCGGUCCUAUUUGCUAGAUGGUAAUUGUGUGAUGCAGGUUCAGAGCAUUUGCAGUGUUCACCUAAACUCAAAUGGCUUUGUAAGUAAACCAGACCAGAUGGUGAGGGUCCACCUGUGCCUUAUAGAAAACUUAACCACUUAUCAGAUCUCUAGGUCUAAGGUUUCAAGUCAUGUAAAGUCAGUCUUCAUUCAGAACAACCUACUGUAGGCUCUAAUAUGUGUCAGUUAUUCAAACACCAUCUUUUACUCUCACUCUCUUUGCUAAGAAGUGUGAAGCAUACUUAGCAAUGGCAUUAUAGACUAGUCCUGUGCACCCGUUUUUGUAUCUGUUACAGACUACUGUAUCUGUCUACAUCUAUGACUUCAUCAGACCACACAUUGCUAUGGCAAAAGAUACUUGUGUGUUUAUGAACAACCUCACAGAAAAACUUGGUGUUGCACAAAGCUCAUACACUUCACUGAUGAGUUAAUGCUGUUUUAGUAAAGUCUAUCACAACACUAAGGCAAUGAGUACAAGUCAAAUUCUGACUUCUCCUUUAAAAAAAAAACAAUUUUGUGAUCUGUGUAGAUACCAAGUACUUUGUGUGUCUUAAGAGGUCUUACCCUUCAACAGAAGCACAUAUGAAUUUUUUCUUCAAAACAGCAGUUAGUGGUUAUUGUUACAUUUGUUCAAACUAAAUAAAAAUAUUUAUUUACGUAUUUGGUAGAGGAAGCAUAAUUAUCUGACAUGUCACUUUUCUGAAGUGAACUGUUUGGACCAUACACCUCACCUUCAACAGCCAUUGAGUCUGACCAAUGAUGGCAUUGUCAGAAAAGUUCAGUUUAAGUGUUUGAAAUAUGAUUGCAUAGUAUACAUAGAGGAGGUUUUCUGAACCUGACAUCCUGUCAACAGAUAAUAUGAAAAUAUAUUGUGGAAAUUGGUAUACAUAUAUAUUUUUUGUUAUAUGUUUUGUAUAUUCUAAGUGUGCGACAUGCACGAUGUGUAUGCGUGUGUGUGUUUGCUGGUGAUGGUGCGUGUGCCUUUAGACCCUUGUAUGUCUUCGGUUUAUGUGUGUCAAUUAUAUCAGAUAUAAACUAUUGUUACUGGUACAAACAAAUGUGGAUAUUUCCACCAGAUGAGCCUUUGGCAGUCUGUGGAAGGCCUCAGGCGUGUGAUGACUGUGAAUUCAGUGUCA